GAGACUGAAGUUUUUGGUUUCUCUUUGGAAGCCACUUGCCUCUUCAAUUAAUAGUUUUUUAUUCAUGGUUUCUGGGAAGAAGAUGUGGAAGAUUACUGAGAGCAAGUCUGGAUUAGAAGAAGCUGGUGUCUUGAUUGGGAAAGUGGAUCUUGAGGCUAGAAGUUUGCAGCUGAGUGCUAAAGCUUUGUAUCUUUCUAAACUAAAAGAGUGUAAAUCUGAUCUGAACCAAUUGAAGAAGGAGUUGAAACGAGUUUUGUCCUCAGAUACUAAGCAGUCUCGUCUGUGGCGAAUUGAUGAAAUAUGGAAUUGCGGAUCUGCAUGCAGUAAGCUCCUAAAUCCUAAGCAGAAACUCUUGUCUUCUCAUUAUCUUAGUUGUCUUAAUUGACUCGCAUCAAUUGUCGAUGAUUCUAGAUACGUAUAGAUUUUGAUGUUCCAAGAUUUGGAUUUUCACGUUCCUUCUGUUCUUCAGAGAGUUAGUGUUAUGUUGGAAGUUCUUUGUGAUUAGUUGGCCAAAGUGAUUGUAUAGAUCUGUUGUUUCGGCUCUUGAUUAUGUGGGUUCACUUCUUUGUGUUAGGUUCUCUUUAUUAUAGAGUUUUUAUGUUUUCACGCUUGCUUUAGGUCACUUAGGAGGAUGGUUUUGUAUUAGUUGUUUCCUGAACUCUGUUUAGUUGUUUAUGUUCUUUGACUAAAUGUUUUCUUAGAGU